UUUAUGGUUCUUACUGUAGCGUGGCGCGAGAUCGCGAAUUUUGUGUGAUUAUUUUUAUAAUUGUAUGUAAUUUUGUUACUUUAAAUAUCGUGUGUAAUAAAUUCAGUAGAACAAAUAUAUUGUGUUACUGUUACAAUGUUUUUUUUAGUAGGCUUAGGACUUGGUGAUGCUAAAGAUAUCACUGUUCGUGGUUUGGAAAUCGUAAAGAAAUGUGAUAAAGUGUUAUUAGAAGGAUAUACUUCAAUACUUACAGUAGGAAAAGAAGUUUUGGAGGAAUUCUAUGGAAGGCCGUUGAUAAUAGCUGAUCGAGAGCUAUGUGAAGGUAACAUAGAUGACUUCCUCAAGGAGGCCAAGGAUAAGGACAUAGCUCUGCUUGUUGUGGGGGAUCCACUUGGUGCUACUACACACACCGAUAUGAUACUGCGAGCAAAACAGUUUGGUGUUGAAGUACAGAUUGUACACAACGCAUCUAUAAUGAAUGCAGUCAGUUGCUGUGGACUUCAGCUGUACAACUUUGGGGAAACAGUGUCCAUCCCUUACUGGACGGAAACCUGGCAGCCAGACAGUUUCUUUGAGAAAAUUGUUGGUAACUUCUCCAGAAACCUGCACACAUUGUGUCUAUUAGAUAUUAAAGUAAAGGAGCCAACAGAAGAAUCCUUAACAAAGAAAGUGCGACAAUACAUGGAUCCCAAGUUUAUGAGUGUGAAAGAGGCGGCUUCACAACUGGUGCAGAUCAUCGAAAGGAAACCGCAAUCAGGUAUAACAAAUGAUACGUUGGUGGUGGGUGUCUGCCGAGUGGGCGCUCCGGACCAGCAGAUCGCGGCGCGCACGCUGCGGGAGAUGCAACAAUGCGACCUCGGCCCGCCGCUGCACAGUCUCGUCAUCCCCGCGCCGGACCUACAUCCGCUCGAGACCGACUAUCUCGCACAAUUCAGAUAGCGAACAAUAAACUACAUUUGAAAUAUA